AUGGAAGGUCUCGGUGUCGCCGCAAACGUCAUUGCCGUCGUCGAUCUCUCCGUCAAGAUCAUUGCAUGGCUGUCCGAGUACGCGCAGGAUGUCAAGAACUCCAAGCCCGAGCGAGCGAGGCUGCUGCAGGCCGCCACGCAGCUGAACUCGGUUUCACAACAUGUUCAACAAUUACUGCAGAGCCCGCGCGGGGCGAAACUGCACGCCUCGAGGAAGCUCGCCCAGGCAAUGGGUGACGGCAAGGCGCAGCUCUUCUGGCUGGAGGGGCUGCUGUCGAACCGUGGGAGAUUCAGCAGUUUGAUGUGGUCUUUCCAGAAGAAAAAGGUCGAAGAAGCGAUCCUGGAACUGGAGCGAUGCACGGGGAUCGUUCAUAACGUCCUCCAGGUGGACGUCGCCGACGUGAUCCUCAAAAUGGACGACAAGGCCGAAAACGACCGACGACGAGUAGAAGUUGAUCGAAGGAGAAUGGAGGUCGACCGACAGAGAAUAGCCAUCGACCGACUCCCCUUCGCCGACGGUGCCUCAUUCGACUCUCGAGCCGAACAACACAACCCGACCUGCCUACAAAAUACCCGAGUGGAACUCCUCAACCACAUAAACAAUUGGAUCCACGACCCCAAUGGCAAAACAAUAUUCUGGCUCAAUGGCAUGGCGGGGACGGGAAAGUCCACCAUAUCGCGCACAAUCGCCCGUUCACUUGCCAGCCACGGUCUGCUUGGAGCCAACUUUUUCUUCAAGAGGGGUGAGACAGAUCGAGGCAACUUGGCCAAGCUUUUCACCACGAUAGCACGCCAAUUGGCCCUUAGUCAACCAGCACUGGGUCCAAAGAUCAAGGAGAGGUUCGAUUCCGAUCCUACCAUUGUCGGAAAGGCCGCGCAAGUACAGUUCAAGACCCUUAUUCUUGACGCCUUCUCCGCUUGCGCCCACCUGUUUAGAGAUGGGACACCACUUGUAAUUGUGAUCGAUGCCCUGGACGAAUGCGAACGAGACGAAGACAUCAAGCUCAUCAUCAACCUCUUUUCGCAAACUCGAGAUGUUCAGCGCCCACGGCUCCGAGUCUUUGUCACCAGUCGACCAGAGUUGCCAGUGCGACUUGGCUUCAGCGCUGUCGAGGGCAGGUGGCAAGACUGUAUCCUCCACGAGAUCCCUCGUCGCGUCGUCGAGCGCGACAUUUCUCUUUUCCUUCAGUACCAACUCAGCGAGAUACGGACAGGGUGGAAUUCCUCCGUCACCAAGAACCGUCAACUGCCUCCAAAUUGGCCCAAGCCUACCGAGAUCCAAUCACUCACCGAAAGCGCCGUCCCUCUCUUCAUUUUUGCAGCAACCAUCUGCCGUUUCAUCAACGAUCGGAAGCAUGGUAGUCCCGCCCGACAGCUGGAAAAGGUGUUGCAACACCAGAGCAGGAGAGGUGCUUCCAAGAUGCACAUCAUCUACUCACCAGUUCUGAGCCAACAGCUGGCCGAUGCAUCCGCCGAUGAGAGGCAACACAUCAUUGAAGAGUUUCGACGGGUCGUCGGUGCUAUUGUCACCCUUGCCAGCCCUCUCUCUACUAUCACGUUAUCACGACUUAUUGACAUCCCACAAAGCACAAUCGACGACAGGCUCGACAUGCUUCACUCAGUUCUCAGCAUUCCAAAAUCCCCAGAUGCCCCAGUCAGGACACUGCACUUGUCCUUUAGGGACUACCUCGUCGACACAGCGACUCGUGCGCAAAAUCCAUUCUGGAUUGAUGAAAAGGCUGUCUCAAGGAACUUGGCCAGACGCUGCUUCGGAUUGAUGCGAGAUCACCUCAGACCUGACAUCUGCACAGUUCAAAAUCCCGGAACACGUCGCUCGGACAUGGAUCGUAAACUGAUCGAUGAGCGUUUGCCGGGCGUGGUGCAGUACGCAUGCCUGCAUUGGGUGUACCACCAGGAGUUGGCUGGCCUCGAGGAGGAGGAUAUCAUGCUUGUCUAUAUCUUCUUAACCCACCAUUUCCUUGUCUGGAUCGAGGCUUUGACACUGAUUGACCGUGCGUGGCAAGUCUCGCAGCUGAUCACCAACUUGCAGACAGCCCUGUCUCAGUCACAGUCGCAAUCCCAGAACGCUCAGCGGCUUUCCGAGUUCCUUGCUGAUGCCAUGCGCUUCCUGGUUUCCAACGCGACUGGCAUCAAUCUCGCUCCGUUACAGGUGUAUUCAUCUGCACUUGUCUUUGCGCCAAAGAAUAGCCCCAUUAGACAAGCUUUCAGGAGUCAGAUUCCCCCGUGGAUUACUCUAGUACCAUUAGUGGAGCCCGACUGGGACACCUGUUUGAGAGUUCUAGAAGGCCACCAAGCUCCUGUUAACGCCGUGGCCUUUUCACUGGAUUCCUCAAUCCUUGUCUCAGCUUCUCUGGAUCAAGCUGUCCGAGUCUGGAACUGGGACACAGGAGAGUGCAUCUACGAACUCAAAGGCACCCGUGCUCCCAUUUGUGCCACGGCUCUAUCGCCAGAUGCAGAGGUUGUAGCGGCUGCUGCUAUCAAUGGAAUCAUCCGCAUCUGGAGUCUGGCAACAGGGGCUUGCGUGCACGAGUUGAUGGCAGAUAACGGCGAGAUCUCCUCAAUGGCCUUUUCGGCCGACUCCAGGUUCUUAUCAGCGGUGUCAAGCGACAUGGCCAUAUACUCCUGGAGCCGGGAUACGGGAGCAUGCGUGCAGGAACUCAUGCCACCGGGCGGCAUGGUCCGUGAAGCGAUCUUGUCGCCCGAUCUGAAGACUAUUGUCUCGUACGGCAAUGGCAUACCAACCAAGCUUUGGAAUUCCGGCACAGGCCAGACCUCGUUCACUCUUGACCGUUAUGAAAGGGCCUUAAUCUCGCCUGAUUCAAAUAUGGUGCUAGCAUACUUCUAUUUCGAUAUCUAUGGCCGAGGUGGUUACUCCUGGAGCUCCAAGUCCAUGCAUGUCUGGGGUCGAAACAGCGGUGCACUUCUCUGCGAGCUGACAGACGACGCCGGAGAAGGCCCAGGAACCGUUGAAGUCGCUGCCUUCUCUCCCGAUUCGGAAACGAUAGCCACGGGUUCGGUCAAGAAAGUUCAGAUCUGGAGCUCCGCAACCGGCAGAUGCUUGUCCUCUUUCGACAAUCUUCCGUCGGAUGUCAAAAGACUGGUCUUCUCGCCUGACUCGAAAUUUUUGGCCUUGGCCUUACUCAACUCGACCAUUCAGAUUUGGAGCCUGUCUGAGAAUGCUUGUGUCAAUAUCCUCCAAGGCCACUCGGGUCUCAUAAACUCGAUACUCUUCUCCCCUGACGGCGCGGUUCUCGCAUCCUUCUCCAUGGACCAGACCAUCCGGAUUUGGGAUUGGAAGCGAAGUGUUGAUGAGCCACACCACCCUUUCGGAACAAUACAUCAAAUCAAGUUCUCUCCUGACAACACCGCGAUAGCAACAGUGUCAGUUGAUGACAUGCUUCGAAUAUGGAAUACCAACACAGGAGAAUGUCUACACGAGCUUUCAACCAUGGAGUAUGAUAAAACCAAGCUUUCAAUUGUCUUCUCUGAUGACUCAAGCCUCGUCGCGCUGGGGCAGUCUGCCAAAACCUCGAGUGUCUGGAAUACAAGGACCGGGGACUGCGAAUGGCAGUUUGAGGAUGCGCUGGGGUCCAUUCGCCUUGCCAUCUCUCCAGACUCGCGAAGCAUCGUCACGGGUUUGAAUGGGUAUGGCGAGAUCCGUGUCUGGAACCGCAGGGGCAUGAAUUUUGAGGUUCAGGACGUCUUUCCGACCACCGGAUAUGAGAUUCUGCACUUGGCCUUGUCCCCUUGCUCCAAAUUUAUGGCAGCAAGCAUUCGCCCAACGCACUACCUCGACAGCGCGGCAGGGAAAUUCCACCUCUGGAACCUACAGACCAAGAAGCUCAUUGUCGACCAAAAUAGCACCUCGGGGCCUCGUGAGCUCAACUUUGGAAAUGUGUGGUUCUCGGCCGAUGGCGCUUUGGUGGCAACAGAUUUGGAAGGCAGCCUGUGUAUAUGGAGGUUGCCAGAAGGACGGUUCAUCUCGAAGCUUAAAGAAGGGACCAACGCGACCUUGGCAAAGGUGCCCUUCGCAGCAUUCUCGGAAAAGGGACCAUACGUGGCGACUACUACGUCAUAUGCGACUACUCUGGACAGCCGCGUCCCUGUGCCGUGGGCCGAGGUUUGGAACUGGAAGACCGAGGAGCGUCUAUUCAAAGUUAUGGAUCUUACUCAUGCGAUUCAUCAUCUCUCGUUCCUCCCCGGCGAGAGAGGCCUUCUCACAAGUGUCGGAGAGUGUCCCCUCCCAUCUGACGUGCAUGGCCUGAUACCUACCCGGUCUCAUCAAGUCAUUCACUUCCGUCAAGAACUUAGAGUCGAUGUCAGGACAUGCUGGGUCAAGUGGCUAGACCACGACAUACUAAAAUUGCCGACCGACUGCCGAGACUGUCAAUACUCGGUGUUGGGGUACACUCUUGCGAUCGGAUGCAAAGCUGGCAGAGUCAUCAUUAUUAGGUUUGAUAGGAGAAUGCUUGAGAGGUUGCGGAUUUUGACACAGACUGAGUAG